UUGAGACGCACCCGCGAUGAAGCAAAAACGAGCAACAAGCUAAAGCUAAAGCUAAUCAACAACACUGCGUCCAUUAAUCCACAGGAUUGUCUCUGCAUUCUGAUGUGGCGUCUGUUCUUUAUGUGGAGUAGAGACCGUGGCGAAUGGUGAGGAUAUAAUGCAGAGUUCUCGACAUUUCUUUCCAUGCACUGAAAGCUGCACAUUUAUGGCGUUUGUGAGUGUGAGUGGAGAUUUCUGCCAGGCACAGCACCUGGUCAUCGUGGAUAAGUGAAGCGUCGGCGUGCCACAUGACGAUUACGCCACACGUCUACUGUCCUACCUUGUGAGCUUUGGGCUCGAGGCUGUAUUUGCCCAAAGUUCACGCGUAUGAGUCGGUCUGAGCCAACUGAGGCGCUGACGAGCCAAUUUUUUUAUUUUAUUUUUUUUAAACGCCCUCUCCUCGAGCGCCAAAUGAUCAUCCCUUUUCCUCCUGAAUGGGUUAAAUAGAAUUUAAAAAAAUCUGAAAAAUAGCCUUUUGUUUUUAUUCAUUUUUUUUUUCAGUUUUUUUAAUAGUGGAAAUUUAAGAGUGUGUAUUUUUUACAUUUGCUUUUUUUUUUUUUUUUUUUUUUUUUGGGAAUAUCUAUUUAAAUUUGAAGUUCGACCCAAAGUCAUUGUAAUCACACCGUGAAAAUUAAAAAGAGAAAAAAAAAAAAAAUUCGUCAAACCAACAUUCAGCCACGUGUCAAGAUGAAUCGUCCCGCUCCUGUUGAAAUCACCUACGAGUGUAUGAGGUUUCUGAUCACCCACAAUCCCACCAACUCACAACUGCCCAAGUUUACUGAGGAGCUGAAGUCUUUCGGGGUGCAGACGCUGGUUCGGGUGUGUGAGGCCACUUACGACAAAGCACCGGUGGAAAAGGAAGGCAUUGAAGUUCUGGAUUGGCCUUUUGACGACGGCUGCUCCCCCUCCGAUCAAAUCGUGGACGACUGGUUAAACCUUCUGAAGUGUAAAUUUAAAGACGAGCCAGGCUGCUGCAUUGCAGUGCACUGUGUCGCAGGACUGGGCCGAGCUCCGGUGUUGGUGGCCAUCGCGUUAAUCGAGUGUGGGAUGAUGUACGAGGAUGCCGUUCAGUUCAUUCGACAGAAGCGCCGCGGAGCCUUCAACUCCAGACAGCUCAUGUACCUCGAAAAAUACAAGCCCAAGAUGCGUCUGCGCUUCAAAGAUGCCAACGGUCAAAACUGCUGCGUUCAGUAGAACCCCGAGCCAGAAGGAUUAGGAAAACAUUAUUAUUAUUAUUAUUAUUAUUAUUAUUGGAAAGCAAGUGGAUUUGGGAUGGUUGAGUUUUUUUUUUUUGCUACGUUAUUGUGCCAAGCACACACAAGAUUCAGUGUCCAUAUUACCAGUGUAUGAUUUUUAAAGAAAAUAAAUGUCAUGUGGUUAAUUAAGUAUUUAAGGGCACAUAGGAAAUGUGUGCACAGUGGCUGAGUGAGCAAUUACAGACCAGUUCAUAUUGAGUAACGUUCGUGCUCCAUUUUAAACAAAUAGCCUCAAAUUAGUGCAAAUACACACACACACACUCACACACACUCACACACAGGUUUAGACUUCCAACAGAAAAGCCUGACUGUAUGUGGCCCUUUAGAGGAAACAUAGUUUUUAAUCAUGUUUCUAAAAACGUCCCAAAUCAUUUAAAAGAUUUCAGUUGAUGCUUGUGAUGUAAAAGCUCUAAUUUCAGUAAGGUUACAUGAGCACAAAAAUAUCUGUAGUGCUACACACGCAACGCAACUGUGAUAAAUACGGAAAGGUUCCAGGUUUCGCCUCCAGGACAGUCAUGUGUGAAAGGAAUGAAUCGUCUCCUGGAUUAUCUCUUGCUGCUGACUGAUAGAGAGAUCAAAAUAAAAUAAGGCUGUAAAUGA